AUGAUUCAAAUAAUUAUCCUCAUUUUGCUUUUAAACUGUUUUUUUACUACUGUGGUGACAUUUGAAGAAAAUAAGUUGACCUAUGAAAACAAAGGCCUCAUAGCCAACGGAGAAAUAUAUGACGUCGAGAAAUAUCCGUUUGUAGUGUGCUUAGUGAUAAGAGUCGUCCGAAAAAACAAAAAGGGAAAAGCUGUAUGCACGGGCUCGUUGAUAUCGCCGUUGUUUGUUUUGACCGCCGCACACUGUAUCGUUGGUGUAAGAAGAUAUGACAUAAAUGUGUACAGCGCCGAAAGCCACCAACGUGUUCAGCGCAUAUACCGACAUCAUAUGUUUAAUCCCAAAAAGUUUUCGGCAGACAUCGGCAUGUUGAAACUACGAAAACCGUUCAAGAAUGUCGAUCGUUAUAUAAGUUUAUCUGGCCAUCCUGAUGAAUUUUCUAAUGGAAAAACCCUGAAUUGUGUGGUCAUUGGGUUUGGAAUGACUGAAAAUAAAACGAUACCUAUAUUAAAGGGGUAUAUGACUAACUCCAAUGUCACGUACGGCCCUACAGCAUGUAAAUUGUUCAAUACAUCGAGUAUAAUGGAUACAUGGAAUGAAUAUUUGUGUUCAAAACCAGACAUUCAUAUGGUAUGUCAUGGGGACAGCGGCGGCCCAAUGAUUUGCAAUGGUAUUAUACUAUUAUAUGUUGUGAAUGUUUAG